CUAGCGAUUUGGCGGUGUAUAGGCAUGGCUGAAUACGUGCCUCCUGCGUACGUGCGUGGUGUACGUACGUGCGUGAUUACUCGCACACGUACGUUCCUCAUGAAAGGGACGACGGGAGCUGCAUGAAAGCCGAAGAGUUAUGGACCGCUAGCAUCUGUCACUGGCCACCGGUUUCCGGGAGUAAGCGGCAGCUACCUUACAGCCCUAACACGAGCCGGGCGCUCUCUCUUCUCACCGCGGCCCACGUCUCCUCGCUGGCUCCGGUGGCCUCGCUGGGUCGCGAGGAGGCGGAGGACUGUUCUCUGAGGCCAAAAGCCAGAGUCGGCCCUGAACGCCCACGACUCUCAGGGUCCGGAGACCGUGAGACCGGCCGCGGCUGAAAGGUAAAGAAACUAAGUGGAAGAGUGUUUCCUCCUCUGGCCGUAAAGCAGGUACUCUCUGCAGCACCAGCUGUCCCCGCCCUACUCCGGACCGCCCCAAAGACUCCAUGGGAUGGACCUGAGUCAGCCGAAUCCCAGCCCCUUCCCUUGGGCCUGCUGUGGUGCUCGACAUCAGUGACAGAUGGAAGCAGCAGACCAUCAAGGCCACGGGAGGCCCGGGGCGCUUGCGAAGAUGAAGUUUGGCUGCCUCUCCUUCCGGCAGCCUUAUGCUGGCUUUGUCUUAAAUGGAAUCAAGACUGUGGAGACGCGCUGGCGUCCCCUGCUGAGCAGCCAGCGGAACUGUACCAUCGCCAUCCACAUUGCUCACAGGGACUGGGAAGGCGAUGCCUGGCGGGAGCUGCUGGUGGAGAGACUCGGGAUGACUCCUGCUCAGAUUCAGGCCUUGCUCAGGGAAGGGGAAAAGUUUGGUCGAGGAGUGAUAGCGGGACUCGUUGACAUUGGGGAAACUUUGCAGUGCCCCGAAGACUUAACUCCCGAUGAGGUUGUGGAACUAGAAAAUCAAGCUGUACUGACCAACCUGAAGCAGAAGUACCUGACUGUGAUUUCAAACCCCAGGUGGUUACUGGAGCCCAUACCUAGGAAAGGAGGCAAGGAUGUAUUCCAGAGUUGCUCGGGCGUGUUUUGCAGAAUCCAUAGAGGUUCAGCUGGCGAAUGAAACUCGUCAAGCGGUCUGUUUUGAAGAUCCUCUCUGCACCUCUCCGUUGAAGAACCUCCCUCUGGAAGAGAUCCUUGUCGAUGAUCACGGCGUCUCCAUCAUCGUUCCAGCUCACAGACUUGAAUGUGUCUUCCUCCACAAUCGUCCAAAGCUUUCUUGGGAAGGAGAGCCUAAAAAGGUUGUGGUUGUCUUCCACGUUGACCACGCGUUGGUUUCGGUCUUCUGGUGGUGAGUUAUCUUGGGAGCCUGGAUCUUGGCUCAUGGCUUGGUCCUCGUGCCUGUCCAAAACCUCGCUGGAAUCUGGAUUUGGAUCAGGUGAAGAACCAGGUGGGCCCCCGCUUGUUGGCUCUCCACCAACAGAUGGGGCCAGCUUGGCUUCAUAUUCCUGUUCAGUGUUCUGACUCGCCAUGGAGCUACACCAGAAUCAGGAGCAUUUUGUACCCAAGGCCCUUAUCACUGUCCUAGCAAGUCCAAAAUGCCUUCAGUCAGAGUAGGUGUGCCCAAUAAAUACUGUCCACAAAAUUCUAGAGUCUCGGUAUCAGGGCAACCAGUGGCUUAACUCAUCAUCUGCUGUAUUUGUCACAUGAUGUCACAAAGGUGGCUCUCAGCCAAUCUGGAGAGGGGGCCCUGGCCAGGUGUUGCGGGAGUAGACAGGUGGCAUGGCCUUCAGCUUCUCCCUUUUCUAAAAGUAUAAACAGGCAUGGUUCAAGUUCCCAGAAAAGUCUCCCAUCUUCUGACAGUCACAUUGUGUCAUAGGGCCAGGCCCCAGAUGAGCUGAGAAACCAUGGCUGUAUGGCCACUCCCAACCCUGAAGACAGGGGAGGCCAUUUGCUGGCUUCUAAUUUGCUCAAGAGCCAGCCCCUAGUUAUCCCUAGCUUGGGUUUCACCAAGACUGCCUGACUCAGAUGGACCCCUCAUGGGUGACUGCCUUCAAGGAGAUGGUGGUCCCUACCAGGCUGUUUGGCCUGAUCUGUGUGGUAGCACCCCUCUUUUCCAAUCCCCCCCAUCUCCUUCCUGCUUUGGUCUCUUCCAGGUACUCCUAAUGAUUGGUUGGAUGUGCUCCAGUUGGCCCAGAUAAAGUGUUUCUUAUUCCCCUUGGUCAAGUUGUCCCCAGAGUGGUGCUGUGCCUGAGCAUGGUGGGAGCACUCCCCUCACUCCUCUACCACUGUGUUACCCAUAGCACCAUUUGUGGUUGGAUGGCCACAUCCUCAGCUGUGCUUUGGAGUGUCCUGUGGAGCUCUGCUUGCCCCUGCAUCUCACCCUCUUGCAGAUCACAACAGGAGAUUACCUUUAGUUUCAUUUUUGCCCAUAAAUACUGUUUUCAUUGCCCAAGACACGUUCAUUUCUGAGGCCUGCUUUACACAGACUAGCCUAAGAAAAGUUUCUGCUUGUCUAGUUAGACCUGAUUAAAGUAAUCCAGCACGAAAGUGCCAUCAUUAUGUAUUUGAAAACAGAUGAGCGUAUGAGUGUGUGUUGGGGUGGGCAGGAGGAGGGAGAAAACCCAAAUGAAAGCCAUGUUCAACCCCAGAUGAGAGGAUACGACAGUCUUUUUGGUGAUACAUUUUCUCUAGCCAUUAAAGACAACUUUGUUCUUAAUAUUCACUCUGUAUAGGGAGACAGAGUGAUACAGUGGAAAGGCCCCAGACUGAAAGGACCCUGGGUCCUUGUCCCACUGAGUAGCACCCUUUGCCCACUCAGGGUCGGCCCUGAGUGCGAAGAGGGUUGGAAGAGGCUCUUCCAAGGUGCUUUUCAAUCUCAGGGCUCUCUAGUCCUUCAUGGUGCCCCCAGUGCCUGGAUGCAGGCUUGGUUCAUGGUCACCAAGCUUUUUAAACAGGUUUACAAAGGUUUUGUUCAAGGACUCAGUGUAACCUGUAGGCACACACACUCUGAGGCUAAAUAUUAAAAUAGAGGCCAUUGGUGACAUCUCUAAAUGAGGAUCCUUGAGUAUUCAAUUAUACAGCUGGUAUCUUUCACUUACAUACCAAAGUGCUUUUUCAUAGGGGAAUUCUUAAGACUGAGAAUGACAUUUUGUUGUGGCUUUUGCGAACUUAUAAACUCUGCUGAUUACUUAUAUAAA